UGUUUGAAGAGGCUACUUGUUACAUCUCUGAGUAUAACCCAGACAAAAAUGCUAUCAAAAUGACACAAAAAGGAGUCAACCAAAUUCUUCAUCUCUGCCUUUCUAGCUGAGAGAGUAGUCAUCUUGUCCUGGCCCUAACUGGGCAUCAAAUGGAAUGAAACCAGUGCUUUGAAGCAGAUACUGAGCAGCAGCAUCAACAGGAUGAGAAUAAAGAGGAAGCAAUCGGUUACACAGUGAAACAAGAACAAUCCAUCAAAGGCCCACAUAUCCAAGUCACCGAGCUUUGGAAACCAACAAUCCUGUUAUUUUGAGAUGUGACUGAUAACGCGAUAAAUGGAGAGAAAUAAGAAAACCCCUGUGCUGUUUCUUCUUCUUGCUCUGCUUCAUGUCUGCCCCACCAGAUCACAGGACUGUUGUAGCCUCCCAAAUAACAAUCUCACCUGCUACAGUGACUUUAAUCGUACCAUCACUUGUGUGUGGAACAGCACAUAUGUAUCUGACACUGAGUGCACAAUACACGCCAAAAAAGUCACAGGAUCUGUGUACAGUGCUUCCUGUGACCUGAAGCCUGUUGACAUCUCCAGACCAAUGCUAAAGAAGUGCUCCCUGGACUUCAUAGAUGACUGGAUUUUUCAGACUAAAGAUGAGUUGUCCAUUAAUCUGAACUGUGUACCUGAGAAGCAAAGUUUGGAGAUAUGUUACAAGCCAGCUUGUCACAUUAAGCUGAAUCCACCGCCAAAACCAGAUGUCAACUCUACUGCAAUUUCUUGGUUCCCACAAGUUAACAAACAUGAAAGAAUAAGACUUUACAUCUCCCAACUACAGUGGAAACGAGAGGAUUGCUCAUGGAGUGAUCCCUCUGUGAAGACAGUAAAUAAAGAAUGGAACUGGAGCUUAACAGUGGCGCAGAUCCCUGACUCAGAUUUGCUGAUGGGGGAGAGGUACGAGGCACGUGUUCGAGUGCAAGGCAGUGAUAAUUGGGCCAAGUCAACCUGGAGUGACUGGAGCCCCGUUGCAUCUUGGGAGUCCACCGUAGGAAAAACAAAACCAACAAUAGAUGGUGCUGAAGUUUUUUUGGCGUUGUUGCAGCUGUGCUCGCAUUUGCCGUCCUUCUGACUGUCGCUAAGACUGACAAAACUACCUGGAUUUACAUAGUAAAGAGAAUCAGCGGCCCACCCCUACCGAACCCAGCAAAGUCAUUCCUACAGGAUGUAAAUUUCCAGAAUUGGUUGAGCCCCCACUUCACCGGCGAAUCCUUGCAUUCCUUCUUGAAACCGGUGGAAAUUGUUUCUGUAGAGAUAACCUCCACUGUGGAUGCUGUUGCACCCUGUGGGCCAGAGGCGACACUACUAGAGAAGAUGAGAAGCAAAGGAAACCACGAGUCCGCCAGUUCCAACUUCUCCAACCCCAGUUACUCCCAGCUGUGUCCUCCUCCCUCCUGUCUCCUCGCUCACUGCGGGAAAUCUGGAGCCCUGUGCCUCCGAUACACCUUAUGGGCCUGUUAGUAGUCAAGGUGAAGGUAAAAAUGAAGUGAAGGAUAGGGAUGAGGUGAGAGGGAAAGAAGUGGAGAUCCUACAGUUGCUCUCCAAAGGCAGCAACAACAGUGCGCCUAUGCCGGUAAUUUCAGACUAUGAGAAGGU